ACACAGCGCGUUUCCUUUAUUUUAUUUUUUCUUAUCUGUGAGCCUCGCAAAUGUCGAAGCCUCCUCCCAAGCCGGCCAAGCCAGGCCAAGUCAAAGUGUUCAGAGCAUUGUUCAACUUUGACCCCAGAACGCCAGACGAGCUGUACUUUGAAGAAGGAGACUUCUUGUACAUCUCUGACACAAGUGACACUAAUUGGUGGAAGGGGACAUGCAGAGGAAGAACAGGACUAAUUCCAAGUAACUAUGUGGCUGAGCAGGCAGAGUCUAUUGACAAUCCAAUGCACGAAGCAGCCAAACGAGGCAAUCUGAGUUGGCUGAGGGAAUGUGUGGAGAAUAAGGUUGGAAUCAACGGGCUGGAUAAGGCUGGAAACACUGCCCUCUACUGGGGAUGCCACGGCGGGCAUAAAGAUGUAGUGGAACUGUUGCUUAGCCAGUCCAACGUGGAAGUCAACCAGCAGAAUAAACUCGGGGACACUCCUCUGCACGCUGCUGCCUGGAAGGGUUAUUCUGACAUUGUGGAGAUGUUGCUGAGCAAGAAUCCAAGGACAGACAUCCGGAACAAUGAGAAUAAGCUGGCUCUGGAUAUGGCCACCAAUGCCCAGUGUGCUUCACUUCUCAAAAGGAAGCAGGGAAGCAACAUCACCCGCACACACAGCAACGCUGAAGAGUAUUUGGACGACGAGGACUCGGACUGAGCCGGCCCUGAUGAAACAUUGUCACUGUCUACCAUUGGGUUUGGGGGGGGGGGGUUGUAAAGCUCAGAGAAAUUUAUUACCGACCUAAAAUGGAUUUGCUGCUUUGUUUCCAACUGUAACUCCAUUUUAGUUCUAUUACUUUGUGCAAACACCUCAGUUCUCAGCCCUCUGCGUCAUGUUUGUGUAAAUCUCAAAGCAUUGAAUUACUGCGUUUUUUACAGUUUGCCUGCUUUGCCAAGGGCAUUUCCACAUGUAGUGAAUUUGUCUUGGAGCACCCGUUGCAGCACACUGUAGACUGAGGGGGCAGAAUAUAUGUAGUGGUGGAAAAUGGACCAAAACUCUAAGAAACACAUUCCAAACAUACAGAUUAUGUUCAACCCAUUUACACUGCGCAUUAAAGUGCCAGUGCAGAUUAAAAGAUUGAUCUGGUCUGUGUCUAGUGAAGUUUUAAUACUCCAUUUAAAUUACUGAACUACAAAAUCACCCCCAAAAAUGAAUUGGAAACACAUCAUCUCUUGCAGCUUGAAACUCUGUCACAACUAGGCACAAUUUAGAUCUGCUUAUGUACCCUUAUGUACCCUUUAAAUAGGGUGUACUGAGGGGCCCAAUGAGACAUUUCCCUGUGUUAGCUGCUUGGUCACAUUAAGAGUGUCAGUAAAUUGACUUAAUAUAAGAAAAAUCACUGUCUUGUAUGUAAGUCAUCUUCCUUCCCCUCCUUCCUAAUGUCAUGAACCUCGCCUGUUACUCUCCAUACUGCAUGUGUUAAAACAUUUCCACUGCGGUGAAAGACCUUCUAUUAGUCCACUGUAACUAAAAAACAUCUUCCCUUUGUAAAACUUUAAAUCACUCUUUGAUCUAUCAAUCUUUUGAUGGUUUGAUAUCCAUCCUGGGAGCAAAUUUCUGGUUUUAUUUCUGCUUUCCAACAAAUUCUAUAUAAAAAAAAAAAAAAGUGCCUUAAAAAUGUGUAGAAUAGCAAGUGUGUCUUUGGUUAUGUGUCAAUGUGAAAAUGUUUUUCUCUUUUGAGGUUUUGAGUUUCUUAAGAUGAUUUUGUUCUAGAUUUCUAUCGGCUCUGUUCUCAGUCUGCAAUAAAAGAUUUUUAACUUAA